AUGGGACAGUCUGUGUCCACCCCGUUGAGUCAAACUUUGAAUCAUUGGUCAGAGGUUAAAACUAGAGCCCAAAAUUUGCUCGUGGAAGUAAGAAAGGGACGUUGGCAAACUUACUGCACUUCUGAAUGACCAACAUUUGGGGUAGGUUGGCCACAAGAGGGCACUCUAGACCAAGCUAUUAUUUCAUCAGUCAAAAAGAUUGUCUUUCAGCCUGGGCCUGGAUCUCACCCGGAUCAGGUCCCUUACAUUGUAGUAUGGGAAAACCUCGCCUCUGACACCCCCCCCCCGUGGCUGAAGGCCUGGUCCCGACCAUCCCCAUCCCCAGCUUCACACGUAUUGGUAGCACAGGAGCUACAGAUGGAGAAGAAGACAACCCCCCGGAUUUAUCCUGACAUCGAGGGGCCUCCAGAUGAAAAUGAGCCCACACCGUCGGCACCCAGGCCUCCUCCUCCUCCUUAUCAGCAUGGAAAACCUGAGGGUCCUGCAGCCGGUACCAGAAGCCGGCACGGGACCGGUCCAGAGGGUCCUCCUUCAGCUCCCACCUUCCCACUUAGGGCCUAUGGCCCCCCUGUAGAUCCUCCUGAACUCCAACCCUUACAGUAUUGGCCUUUCUCCUCAGCUGACCUUUAUAACUGGAAAACUAACCAUGAUUCUUUCUCUGAAAAUCCUUCCAGUUUAACUAAUCUCAUAGAGUCCCUGAUGUUCUCCCAUCAGCCCACUUGGGAUGAUUGUCAGCAGCUUUUACAGGUUCUUUUUACCACUGAAGAGAAGGAGCGGAUUCUCCUAGAAGCUCGGAAGCAUGUUCCAGGACCAGACGGAACUCCGACCAGGAUGCCCAACCUCAUUGACGCUGCCUUCCCCCUUGAUCGCCCCCCCUGGUAUUAUAACACCACUGAAGGUAGGGAGAGGUUGACCACUUACCGCCGGGCUCUCGUGGCAGGUCUCAAGGGGGCAGCUCGUCACCCCACUAAUUUGGCCAAGGUAAGAGAGGUACUUCAGGGACCCACGGAGGUCCCCUCCGUGUUCUUAGAGAGGCUUCUGGAGGCGUAUCGAAGGUACACUCCCUUUGACCCUUUGUCUGAGGGACAGCAGGCAGCAGUAGCCAUGUUCUUUAUAGGUCAGUCCUACCCGGACAUCAAGCGCAAGUUACAAAGACUAGAAGGCCUACAAGAUCUUACAGUAAAAGACUUAGUUAAGGAAGCAGAGAAAGUGUACCAUAAGAGAGAGACAGAAGAAGAGAAGAAGGAGAGGGAGAAAAAGAAAAGAGAAGAAAGAGAAGAUGAGAGAGACAGACGUAGGGACCAGAAUUUAACACGAAUACUGGCCGCAGUAGUACCUGAAGGAAACAGGAAUGUAGGGAGAAAGAUAGAGAAUCUGGGCAACCCACGCCACCGGAACAACUGGGCUUCACAAGAUCGGAGACUUUCACGGAUGGAUAAAGGACUUUCACAGGUAGAUAAAGACCAGUGCCAUUAUUGCAUGAAUAAAGGACAUUGGGCCAUGGAUUGUCAGAACAAGAGGGAAAAGAUGCGGAGUCCCAGGACCCUUGCCCUGAGGAACGAGGAUGAUUAGGACAGUCAGGGCUCGUACUCCCUCCCCGAGCCUAGGGUAAUUUUAGAUGUGGAGGGAACCCCCGUGGACUUCCUAGUAGAUACGGGGACAGAGUUUUCAGUUUUACAACACCCUCUGGGGAAGCUUACUGACAAAACCAGUUUGGUGGUGGGGGCAACCGGCAUGAAAAUACACAAGUGGACAACAGCUCGCCGUGUCAAUUUAGGGGCUGGCCGGGUAUCCCAUUCUUUCUUAGUAGUGCCUGAGUGUCCCACUCCCUUGCUCGGUCGAGACCUUCUGACUAAAAUGAAUGCCGAAAUACAGUUUUCACCGGAAGGACCCCGAAUAAAGUGGCACCCCCCCAGGCCAGUAUGGACUUUGACUUUCAAUUUGGCUGACGAGUAUCGCAUACAUGAAAAAGGUAAGAAGAUGGACAACCCGCAGUGGUGGCUUUCCAGGUUCCCCGAAGCCUGGGCGGAGACUGGGGGAGUUGGAAUGGCCUCCCAAGUUCCCCCUAUAGUGAUUGCAGUCAAGUCAGGUGCUACUCCCAUCAGUGUGCGCCAGUACCCUAUGGGCAAGGAAGCGAAAGAAGGCAUUCGGCCUCAUAUAAACAAAUUUUUACAACUGGGCAUCCUAACCCCAUGCCGGUCCUCCUGGAACACCCCACUAUUACCAGUAAAGAAGCCUGGGACACGAGACUAUCGACCCGUUCAGGACUUGAGAGAGGUCAACAAAAGGGUAGAAGAUGUACAUCCCAUAGUGCCUAAUCCCUACACCCUCCUUAGCACUCUGCCGCCAGAGAGGAUAUGGUACACUGUCUUAGACCUCAAAGAUGCUUUCUUUAGCAUGAGAUUACACCCCACCAGCCAACAUCUGUUUGCCUUUGAGUGGAAGGACCCGGAAACCGGACAUUCUGGACAAUUGACUUGGACCAGACUACCACAGGGGUUUAAGAAUUCACCCACCCUCUUUGAUGAGGCUCUACAUCGGGACCUGAUGAUUUUCAGAACCAAUAACCCACAGCUGACUCUUCUUCAAUAUGUUGAUGAUUUACUUUUAGGUGCUGAAACCCAGGAUGAGUGCCAAAAAGGGACUGAACAAUUACUAUCUGAAUUAGGUCGCCUAGGAUACCGGGCAUCAGCGAAGAAAGCGCAGUUAUGCCGCACAGAGGUGACUUACCUGGGUUACAUCCUUAGGGAUGGUAAGCGAUGGCUCACAGAAGCCCGGAAAAAGACUGUGCUUCAGAUACCUGUACCUCAGACGCCUCGACAGGUGAGAGAAUUCCUAGGCACUGCCGGGUUCUGCCGGCUGUGGAUUCCUGGGUUCGCUGCACUGGCUGCCCCCCUCCACACCUUGACCAGGUUAGAGACAGAGUUCCAGUGGAAGCCUGAACAUCAAAUGGCCUUUGAUGCCAUCAAACGGGCCUUAUUGACUGCACCUGCUCUAGUCCUGCCUGACCUAACCAAACCUUUUAUGCUGUUUGUAGAUGAGAGAGCGGGGGUAGCAAAGGGAGUGCUGACACAGACCCUGGGUCCCUGGAAGCGGCCUGUAGCGUACCUCUCCAAGAAGCUAGACCCAGUGGCUAGCGGUUGGCCGUCCUGCCUCAAGAUCAUUGCAGCAGUAGCUACUCUGAUAAAAGACUCUGAUAAACUAACCCUAGGUCAGCCAGUAACGAUUAUAGCCCCACACGCUCUAGAAAGUGUUAUCCGGCAGCCCCCAGACAGGUGGAUAACUAAUGCCCGCCUGACUCACUACCAGAGCCUGCUACUGAAUGAUAGAGUUUCUUUUGGCACUCCUGUCAUUCUAAAUCCAGCCACGCUGCUCCCAGAGACAACAGGUCAGAACCCAAUACAUGUGUGUACAGACAUCUUGGCCGAGGCCUCUAGUACCAGAGAAGAUCUGACGGAUGUCCCCCUACCUGGCUGCCCCUCCUGGUUUACGGACGGCAGCAAUUUCCUGGUAGAAGGAAAGAGGAAGGCGGGAGCGGCAGUGGUGGAUGGGAGGACCAUUUGGUCCAGUGGACUGCCAGAGGGUACCUCAGCCCAGAAGGCUGAAUUAAUAGCCCUCACUCAGGCUUUGAGGCUGGCUGAAGGAAAAAACAUUAACAUUUACACUGACAGUCGCUAUGCUUUUGCCACUGCACAUGUUCAUGGGGCCAUCUACAGGCAGAGAGGACUCUUGACGUCCACGGGAAAAGAAAUUAAAAAUAAAGAUGAGAUUCUCAGCCUCCUAGAAGCUAUACACCUCCCAAGAAAGGUAGCCGUCAUCCACUGUCCCGGACAUCAGGGGGGACAGGAUGCUGUGGCAAAAGGCAACCGUAUGGCAGAUGCCACUGCCAAACAGGCCGCACUCGGGGCUGUAAUUCUGACAGUGGUAAAUAAAGAGCUUCCCCCAAACCUAAAAGACUCCGGCUUCCAAUACACCCAAGAAGAGCUAGAGGAAUUUCAUCGGUCUGAUUGGGUACAAGGGUUUUCUCCCUGCGGUGUGGCUGAGACAGCAGAUGGCAAACAAGUCCUCCCAAACAAGGAAGUACACGACUUCAUUACCAACCUCCAUCGUCUGACCCACCUGGGUACACGGAAGUUAACAGAACUUGUGAAAUCCUCUGGAUACUAUGUUCAGAGAUUACCAGACUUAGCCCAAGAGGUUGUACAGAGUUGUCAAGCCUGUGCUCUCGUCAACCCUAAUAGACCCCCGUCUCUCCAUGGCAAGAGACUUAGGGGAGAUAGGCCGGGGGCUCAUUGGGAAAUUGACUUUACAGAAAUAACUCCAGCCAGGUAUGGUAAUAAAUAUCUACUAGUGUUCGUAGACACCUUCUCAGGUUGGGUAGAAGCAUUUCCUACCCGCUCAGAAACAGCUCACAUGGUGUCUAAGAAGAUACUGGAAGAGAUCUUUCCACGGUUUGGACUCCCCAAGGUAAUCGGGUCUGACAAUGGACCUGCUUUCAUUGCCCAGGUAAGUCAGGGGCUGGCCAGUCAGCUGGGGAUUAAUUGGAAAUUACAUUGUGCUUACAGACCCCAGAGCUCAGGACAGGUAGAAAGAAUGAAUAGAACCCUUAAAGAGACCUUGACUAAAUUGGCCUUAGAGACCGGCGGGAAAGAUUGGACAGCCCUCCUUCCCUUCGCUCUGUUCCGUGCUCGGAACACUCCGGGAAGGUUUAAGCUGACACCGUAUGAGAUUCUAUGGGGCAGUCCGCCACCUAUAGGUGAAGCCGGGGGAAUACAUGAUCCUGACCCUCCUCUUUCUCAACCCCUCCUCACCCGCCUUUGGGCUCUUGAGAUUGUCAGAUGCCAGGUGUGGGACUUGCUGAAGGAGACCUACCGGAGGGAAAGCCCCAACAUCCCACACGGAUUUCAGGUCGGAGAUCUGGUUCUGGUCAGACGACACCAAGCCAGUAACCUUGAACCUCGCUGGAAAGGACCUUAUUCAGUCCUACUCACCACCCCGACAGCUAUAAAGGUCAACGGAAUAGCUGCCUGGAUCCACGCUUCACACGCUAAGAAGGCUCUCAAGACCCCUGAAGAUGAAUGGACUGUGGAAAGGACUCCUCACCCUCUUAAGCUUCGCCUCCGCCGCCGCUUCACCCCGGGAGAUGACAUCGAAUAAGGAUCCACAUUCCCCCCAACAACUAACUUGGCAGGUUUUCUCUUCAACAGGAGACCUAGUGUGGUCCGUCACUGGUAAACAUCCCCUCUGGACCUGGUGGCCACCGCUGUACCCGUCCUGGUGUAAGCUGGCUGCGGGAGCACCAGGGUGGGGCUUAGAACAUAUGGCCCCUGAUGAGGUGAAUGACAUGCUAGAUUUCUCACCACACUUAUACACUUCCCCCCG